UUCCUCUAGGUCUGGAACCGGAGCACCUUUAGAUUGUACACUAUCUGCGUCCAUUUCGGGCCACUCGUCUAGUGUGUAGCUGUUUGCUGAUAAUGUGAUGAAUUGCCGUCAAUCAAUAGUAUUUCGAGGUUAAAAACGUUAAAAGCUGGGGCAUAACAGAGCUUGUACUCUUCUAUAAAGACAAUGGCCAAAAGACAGUCUCAUGCACCCCAGGAGGAAGAAGAAAGCCUGUCGGACGAAGAGCUGAACGAAUUAGUUGAACAAGACGAAAAUCCCAAUUUAUUUGAGCAUUUGUAUGAAGAUUUUCAAGAAAUGAUGAAGAACAAACAAGUUCUAAAGGGUUGCGUCGAGAGUUUCUUCGAUAAUGCAGUGGAUGAGGCUACAUUGGGCAUUAUUUUCGAUGUCCAUCGAAAAUUCAAGACCAACGCGUAUUGCUUGGAGGUGCAUCAACUGGGCGAAGAGGAUGAAACUAGUAAAAAUGAAGCUUUCCAACAGGCCUCUGUGAAAAAUUGCCAGAAGUUCAACUGCCCGAACUGCGAACGGACUGUGGCACCUUUAAACUUUGCUCGCCAUUUAGCAAAGUGCAUGGGUAUUCGCAGUGACAGCCGUUCGUCUAGAACUGCGACUCGAAGGGCGGUUACUAUUAAGGACAAAGAAGACACGUCAUCUUAUGGGAACUUUGCAUCUGACGAUGAUGAUGAUGAAGACUGGAGUACACGGAAAAGUACCAAGAAGAAAGACAAAAAUGGGGGCAAAAAAGGAAGAGGAACACCAAAGAAGAACGUAGAGCUACAGGAAUAUGCCGAUGCCACGAAUGUUGACAUAGAAGGUAGUUAUGACGAAGUUACCAAUCUCCGCUACAUGAUGGACAAUGGACGACGCUCCUUCGGGUUUGACUUGCAAGAUAGUCGAUCCAAUAGUUCAUCUCCAACAGAUGGUACUGGAUCAUACACACCAUCCAAGAAACGCGAUAAGGCUAAAAAGAAGAACAAGGGCAAAGGAUCACCCAGUACUUCAUUGUCAUUCGAUUAGUUGGGCCGUUAUUCUAACUUUUUGGCGUCUUCGAGGACAUUUUCAAUGCAACGUUAGUGAGCCGAUACAUUCAUGUGUGCCAAUUCAGGACCUGUAGGUAUAAAUGGUAUAGCAGUGAUUAUGUACUUGUCUUCAGAUGGCAUAUUGGGUCAGUGCAUAGUCAUUAUUAUGUGUAAUGGUGAUGUAGUCUUUGAAAUAAUUUAAUUUUCCUAAAUAAUUCAUUAUGUACAUACUGUAUGUUGAUUAAACAUCUAAAACCACUUAA